GUCGGGCGCGCGCCAUUUCUCCGCUUCCGAGAGGGCCGCCGCCCAGCGUCGCUUCGGCCGGGAGGGCGAGCGCCGUCGCAUGGACUGACAUGGCCGCCGAGCUCGCCAUGAGCGCAGAGCUGCCCGCCGGCCCGCUGGCCAUCGACUACGUCAACGACUUUGACCUGAUGAAGUUCGAGGUGAAGAAGGAGCCCCCGGAAGCCGAGCGCUACUGCCACCGCCUGCCGUCGGGCUCGCUCUCGUCCACCCCCAUCAGCACGCCGUGCUCGUCGGUGCCUUCCUCGCCCAGCUUCUGCACGCCGAGUCCCGGCGCGCAGGCCAACCAGAGCCUGCCCGGGGGCGGGGGCGGGGGGGCGGCCGGCAACGGCGGCGGCAACGCUCAGCACGGCAACGCGGCCAAGCCGCAGCUGGAGGACCUGUACUGGAUCCCCAGCUACCAGCACCACAUCAACCCCGAGGCGCUCAAUCUGACCCCGGAGGACGCGGUGGAGGCCCUCAUCGGCAACGCUCACCACCACCACCACCACCACCAGGCCUACGAGGGCUUCCGCGGCCAGCAGUACGCCGGGGAGGACCUGUCGGCGUCCUCGGCCGCCGCCCACCACCACCACCACCAUCACCACCAGGGCCACCACCACCACCACCACCACGCGCGCCUGGAGGAGCGCUUCUCCGACGAGCAGCUGGUCAGCAUGACCGUGCGCGAGCUCAACCGGCAGCUGCGCGGCUUCAGCAAGGAGGAGGUGAUCCGCCUCAAGCAGAAGAGGCGCACCCUGAAGAACCGCGGCUACGCGCAGUCGUGCCGCUUCAAGCGCGUGCAGCAGAGGCACAUGCUGGAGACGGAGAAGUGCACGCUGCAGAACCAGGUGGAGCAGCUCAAGCAGGACGUGGCGCGCCUGGCCAAGGAGCGGGACCUGUACAAGGACAAGUACGAGAAGCUGGCCGGCCGGACCUACGGCCCCGCCGCCGGACCACCCCCCGGCUCCAGAGAUCCCGCCGGCAAGCGGCCCGACUUCUUCAUCUGACGGCCUGGCGCCCGCCUGACCGCCCGUCCGCCCGCCCGCUCUCCAUUUUGUCGUCGGAAGCCUUUUGAGUCUUAAAACUUUUUUUUUCUUGGCGGGGGGAGGGUCGCCUUCCAACCUGCUCGACGAGUCUUAAGUGACAUUCGGCAGCUUCUUGGACGCAAAGCUUGUCAACGCGGACUGAAGCGGCCCGAGAAUGAAAAAAAAAAAGCCAAGCCCAAGGGGACAUUUGGACAAGCGUCGUCGGCGUGUUCGCUCCUCGCCUCUCCGUUCGCCAGCAUGCAGGACAUGUAUGGUCCGGUCCCGGUGCCCUCGCGUGUGCUCAGCAUGCAGCUUCCUCCUUCCCUCGCGAGACGCGCCGCGACUCGAGCGCCCGCCGCACAAAUCCGCAACUCGCGGAGACAAAAACCAAACGCGGACGCCGAUUUCUCCAUCCAUUUUUUUUCUAAAGACAUUUGCCGAGCCGGUGCGGAGACUAUUUAUUUCCAAGUGUACAGAAAAUGUUUAUUUGACGUGCUCCCCCAGCGACCUUUGUUUUUUAUUAAGAAAAAGAAGAAAACAAAAUCGCGCUUGUUGCUUGGAUGUUUCAGCCGCGUCUUAAUAGCAA